AUGAGUCUAGAAGAAGACUCACGCUGGCUGGAAUGGGUCACCAAGCAGUUUGAGAGCAUUGCAGGAGACGACAAAGAAAUCGACCUGGAUGAGUUUAAAACAGCUCUGAAAGUAAAAGAGUCUUUUUUUGCGGAGAGGUUCUUUGCCUUGUUUGACUCUGAUGGCAGCAGCUCCAUCAGUCUGGAUGAACUUCUCGAGGCUUUAGAUCUUCUGAUCCAUGGCAGUGAGACAGACAAACUACGCUUCCUCUUCCAGGUCUAUGAUGUGGAUGGCAGUGGGUCCAUAGACCCAGAUGAGUUACGUACAGUUCUGAAAUCCUGUCUGCGUGAGAGUGCGAUCUCACUUCCUGAGGAAAAGCUGGAUGACCUGACGCUGGCGCUGUUCGAAUCUGCAGAUAAAGAUAACAGCGGCACUAUCACGUUUGAAGAGCUGAAGGCAGAGCUGGAGAACUUUCCUGAGGUUAUGGAGAACCUUACCAUCAGUGCCGCCAACUGGCUGAAACCUCCCGAUCUGGAGCAGAAGAAAUGCAAGACUCCUCGUUACCUGACACGGGCGUACUGGCACAACAACAGCCGCAAGCUGCUCUUCCUCUGCCUGUAUGCCCUCCUGAAUGUGCUCCUCUUCAUCAUCGCGAUGCUGAAGAAUGCGCAUGGAGGCCCCUGGUUCAUGGUGGCCAAGGGCUGCGGCCAAUGUCUUAAUCUCAACUGCACUUUGGUUAUGGUGCUGAUGUUGAGGCGCUGUCUGACGUGGCUACGUGCCACCUGGGUGCUGAGGGUCUUACCUUUGGACCAGAACAUUCUACUGCAUCAGAUCGUGGGCUACGCCAUCUUGAUCUUCAGCAUUGUACAUACUGGUUCUCACGUCAUAAACUUUGCCCGAAUGUCUCAGACUGAUGGUAUGUAUCAGCUGUGGGAGUAUCUUUUCACCAUCCGUCCUGGGAUUGGCUGGAUCAAUGGCACCGCCUCCAUCACGGGCGUCGUUCUGCAGGUUCUCAUCUGCUUAAUGGUGGUGUGUUCCAGCACAUUCGUCAGACGCAGUGGUCAUUUUGAGGUGUUCUACUGGUCCCAUCUUUCCUACAUCUGGGUUUGGGCCCUGUUGAUCGUACACUGUGCGAACUUUUGGAAAUGGUUUGUGGUGCCAGGAGUGGUGUUCCUCAUUGAGAAACUUGUUGGAAUAGCAGUGUCCCGCAUGGGUGGGCUGUACAUAGUUGAAGUCAACUUAUUGCCCUCAAAGGUAACACAUUUGGUAAUCAAGAGGCCUCCAUUCUUUCACUUCAAACCGGGGGAUUAUGUGUAUAUAAACAUUCCCGUUAUCGCCAAGUACGAGUGGCAUCCGUUUACCAUCAGCAGCGCUCCUGAGCAGCAAAAUAUGCUGUGGCUCCAUAUUCGUUCUAUGGGCCAGUGGACAACCCGUCUGUACGAGUAUUUCAGACAGCCGGAGAGUCAAACCAUUAGCAACAAGAGGCUCAGCACUAGCCUGAGAAACAGACGCCACGAGAGCAGAACGCAGCUUACAGCAAAAUUAAGUGAAAGUCACAGAUAUUGUAACAUUAAGUGCUAUGUGGACGGACCUUUUGGCACCCCAACCCGACAAAUCUUUGCAUCUGAACAUGCAGUGCUUAUUGGUGCUGGAAUCGGCAUCACUCCUUUUGCAUCCAUUUUGCAGAGUAUCAUGUGCCGUUAUCGCAUGAGAAAGCAAAACUACCCCAACUGCAACUAUUCCUGGUGUGAAACCAUCAAAGACAACGAAAUGAAACUGAGGAAGGUGGACUUCAUUUGGAUCAACCGAGAUCAGAAGUCCUUUGAGUGGUUUGUGAGUCUCUUGACCAAGCUGGAGAUGGACCAGGCAGAUGAAGAGCCAGAGGGCCGGUUUUUGGAGAUGCACAUGUACAUGACAUCAGCCCUCAGUAAGAAUGAUAUGAAGGCCAUAGGUCUGCAGAUGGCUCUGGACCUGCUGGCCAAGAAAGAGAAGAGAGAUUCCAUCACUGGGCUUCGCACACGCACACAGCCAGGCAGACCAGAUUGGGCCAAGGUUUUCCAGAAGGUGUCUGAGGAAAAGAAAGGAAAGGUUCAUGUGUUUUACUGCGGUUCUCCUGCUCUGGCCAAAGUCAUCAAGGCCCAGUGUGAGCAGUUCGGCUUCAACUUCUACAAAGAACAUUUUUGAAGAAUUUAUAAUAUUUCAUUUGCUUGAAAUCUAACAAA